AGAAUACAUUCAAUUCACUUUGUUUUUGUUGUAAAAUGUGUAAUUGUGCAAAUUCGCAGUGUUGCAAAUUGUGUUUUUAAGUUGAAAACAUGUCUCGAGUAACAAGAAGAAAGCAUGUGAUGAAUGAAGCAGCAUGGGAUGAUGAUGAGUUACCUAAAGAAAAUCAAAGCAUUGUUAAAGUUUUGAAGAGUAAAGGAAACAAUUUACACGCGGUAAUAACUCCAAUGGGUGAAGAAUACUUAGUAUCUAUGCCAACAAAAUUUAGAAAAAACAUAUGGGUGAAAAGAGGAACAUAUAUAGUUGUUGAACCAAUCCCUGAAGGUGAUAAAGUAAAAGCAGAAAUAGUGAAAGUAAUGAAUAAAAACUCAAUAAAAUAUUACAAAGAAAAUAAUGUGUGGCCUAAAGAGUUUGACGACAAGGAGGAAAAAAGUGGUGACAAUGACUUAUUUGUGAACAGUAAUAGAGUGCCAGCUUACUCAAGUGGCAGUGAAUCGGACGAUGAUGACAGUGAUAUAGAUAACAAAAAAAACAGUAACAUCAGUGAUACAGACAGUGGAAACAAUAGUGAUACUCAUAAAAGAUAAUUAUUUAUUCAAAUGUUACAUACUAUACAUGUUUAAAAUUAAACUUCUUAGUUUAAUGUUAUUAUUAGAACAAUGCAAAUCUUUUCUCCAUGUCCUUUAACACCUACUUGGCAAGUUUCUUUUUAUUGUUGGCAACAAUAACCAUUUGCAAUUUACCAUAAUUUUUUAGUAACAUGUACAUAUUGUACUUUCAGCAAAAUAGUUUAAAUAGGUAUGAUAUAUCCUAAUUUGGUAGAAUACACAUUUUGUUAAUUGUGUAUUUAGAUUUUUGACUGUUUAGCCCUUAUCCUACUCAGCCAAACAAUGCAAACAUGUAAAAUAUUUAAAAAAUAUCUAGUGUAACCAAAUUACUAUAAUAUUCAGAUUGCAACAUCAAUUUUUUUUAUGACAUUUUCAAAAUGGUAUUGUACAAUAAAACAAAAGCUAAGGAAAUCAUAUGUACCUAUAUUGAUAACUUAACACUUAAUUGACAUAAUUUUUGCUAUAAAGGAACUUUCAUCUUACAUGAGAUCAUAAUUUUGGCAAAAACAUAAGAAAUAUAUACUGUAAAUAUUAAUAAAUAUUUGAGGAAUGUUUACAAUUUUGUUUCCAAUAUUUCUUUGUUAAACAAUUUGUAAUAAACAUUUUAAAAUAAAAUGUAUUAUUUUAUUACUACAUUUUCAAUUGAACUUCAAUAUACAAUUUUUUAAAUAUUUGUAUUAGGUAAUAUCAAAAAGAAUGUUGGUGCUUCUAAUAUUAUAAUUCAGCAUUGAGUAGACUACAUUAAAUUUCAUUCAAGUAAUUUGGGCAACAGACAUUUGUGCCUCUAUUAUAUUCAACUUGUAUAACAAAUAACUUCUAAACUAAACAUGGUUACAUGACCAUAAAAAGAAUAUCAGUAGUUUCAGGGAUAACCAUGUUCAAACACACUUUCAUAGUAUGAACAAGCUCAUAUUGCAAUUACGAUUUAAGACAUAAUUUAAACAUGCACACAUUCAAUGGUGUUGGAAUGCAAUUGAAUCCAUUUUAAAUUUGGAAAUGUAAAAACAAUAUCUAUUUGCAAACAUUGUUUAGUCUAUUUUCAUAGUACAGACAUCUUAUGUGGUGUCAUACUAUUUGAUAUCUGCAUCAAUAUCAUCAGUCAUAAUGUAUUCAUAAAUCCUUUUGAUCAGCUCAACAGACUUCACUUUAUUCCAACCAUCAGUCUUAGUUAUUAAUUUUGCCUGACCAUCCUUUAUGAACUCUAAGGUUAAUUGCUUCAAAGCAUUAGCAGAGUGGAGAUCAGCCAGUUGUAAGGUCUCAAUUGCAUUUUCAACUGUAAGUUUCUUAUGUAAUGCUUCCUCGCAGAGAUUCUUCAGCCUGCUAAGUUGGUAAUAGUCUGCAGCAGCCAACAACUUCUCCGGUAUUUCAUCCACUCUUGGAGCUUUGUCACUGUAUAUGAAUGUCAGGACUUCUCUCAACACUUCAGACUCUAAUGGAGAUUCAACAACAUUGGUAUAGCAUUCAGUUGUGUUAUGUUCAAAAUGUGCCUUAAGUACAGCGCUUCGACUUGCUAAAACAGCCUUAUGCACCUUAUAUUCAACAUCUUCUGCAGAUUUCAUAGUGACAUCAGAAAAUAAACCAUUGUUUAGUAAAUUUUCAAAGUCAUUACUCAGUUGUGCUUCAGGGACAUUAGACCUGUCCACUUUAAUAUCAUUAGUAACCAUAAACUGAAAUUUAAGUCUCAAACUACCAUCACUAAGUAGGAAUAUGUCUCUGCCAUCAUAACUUGCUAUAUCUCGUUUGAAUAAGGUUGCUAAGUACUGCCAUUUAUUUGCCUGAACGGUAUGAUACUCUUUAAUUACUAUUGAACGCUCUUCGAAACGUUUGAGGCAUAUCGUCAAGAUAGAUUUCAAGAAUACAGGAGUUGGAGACAGGUAGUAAAUCUCUAUGAUGUCAUUAUCUCUACCUAAGAAUUGCAUUUUUAGUUGGAAUCUUGAUUCAGACAAAUCACCAUUGGGAUCCUUAGAUUUCUCGGUGCGAAACUCUCUGUUAGUCUUGUUUUCCAGCAGGAUGAUAAAAUUUGGCACUGUCCAUGUUAUAGUGUUUAUUUUAGUUUGUCCUUCGGUACGGGUAGUAUAAUUAAUACUAGACAUGGUCUUAAGUAUUCCGAUAAUGUGCUACGCCAAUAUUAUACCGAAUAAAGGAACAUCGCACACAUAAACACCCGCGAAUUAAAGCAGUCACUAGCAC